CUCGGUGAAAGGACGCCCGUGUCUGUCGUCGUCGGCUGUCGCGUAACGCGUAUAUGGAGUAGUGUUUGAUGGGUGAUAUUUUUUUUUGCUCUGCGCUAACACUGUGUAUUGCUGCUUGCUGCCCACAAUUACGGUACACAUAGAGGGAGAAUCCUGGCGAAAAGUGUAGGGGCGCGCACCGUUUGCGGUAUGUUUUGUGAGUGAGAAAACGGUGGCUGAGGCGCAGGGAACAGCCAUUGGUAAUGGGCAAGGAGCACUUUAGUGGAUAUUUGUGAUCAAUGGGAAAAUCGACUGGAGAAAAGUGAAAAUUUGCCGAAUUGUGAAUUAAGUUUUGAUUAGAGGCGAGUGGCUGGUUUAUGCUAAUGGUCACAGCAUAUGUUGGAAUGAGAUGAAGGCAUAAAGGAUCGGGUUCAGUUCGAAGUAGAACGGAGUUGGAGGAAAUUUUCGGCUGGAGGAAAAAGUGUUGUGUACGUGCUUUUUUGUGCAAUAGAGGUUUCGAAACCCCAAGUGAAGAGCGAAAAGGAGAAAGAAGUGGGCGAGGCAGUGCCAUCCGAAGAAGUCUGGGAGGAAAUUUUGAAUGUUAUCUUUUUGAUUUGCGGUGGGGUGGUGUUCAGGUGGAAUUAUCGAAAUGAAAAUGAAUACGAUGAACAUGGCCAAGGAACGAGUUUCGCGACCGGUGCCUGUCGCAAUUUCGGCCAGAACAGGAGCUUUCAGCAGCUACAACAGCAGCAGCCGAUGGAAUCUGAUCAUAUGUGGAAUUGUCUUUACGCUAAUGUUUACAACGUGUUACAGCAGUCAAGCUCUGGAGUUCACAAUCGAACCGGCUGAUUUGACGGUGCCGGAGGGAAAUUCGGUGCUGCUGCAAUGUGCCGGCAGACUUAGUGCCAAGGUGCUACGGGAAGGUAAAAUUGCUCCCAACAUUCGGUGGCGGGGUCCAGAUGGACAGGAUAUCGGAAUCGUGGGCGAUACCUUCCGGUCCCAGCUAGCGAAUGGAUCGUUGUACAUCAGCUCGGUCGAGAGCAAUCGCGGCCUUACUGGAUUCUAUCACUGUCUGCUAACGGUCGAUGGGAUCGGAACCAUCGUCAGUCGAUCGGCGAGGAUUUCCAUUGCUGAUCUCCCCGAAAUCAACCAGGACUCGCACGAGAUCUACCUCUACACCGGCCAGACGGCAUACUUCAAGUGCAUGUCCAACACGCUAUCCUCAGGCCUCGAAUCCCGCUACCAAGUGGAAUGGUUCAAAGACGAGACCCCACUGCGGAUGGAUCUCACCCGGAUGCUGCUACUUCCAUCCGGUGCCCUGGAGAUCGACGAAGUCAUCCCGGCCGAUAGGGGUUCCUACCAGUGCAACGUAACGGCCGGAACCUUCUCGCGGAUGAGCAGUAAAUCCAAUUUGAACAUCAAAUCAACGGCUGGGCAGCCGCAAACUUUCGCUCCUCCUUCGUUUGUAAUCGUCCCACAGCCUCAGACGGUUAAGGAAGGCGAUACUGUGAUAUUGGAUUGUGUGGCUAAUGGGAAUCCAAAGCCUACGAUUCGGUGGUUGAGGAAUGGAGAGGAAAUCGAUAUGAACGAUCUGGAUUCACGGUUCCGGAUUAUUGGAACAGGAUCGCUACAGAUUGAUUCGAUUCAGGAUACCGAUGCGGGGGAUUAUCAGUGUCGGGCCAGUAAUUCGGAAGACUCGUUGGAUGCUUCGGCAACGGUUCAGGUACAGGUGCCGCCAAAGUUUGUCGUGAGUCCGGAUGAUAAGGUGGCCUAUGAGAAGGAGGAACUUGAGCUGCAGUGUUCGAUUCACGGGAAACCGACCCCAGUUAUUCAAUGGCUCAAGAAUGGUGAUUUGAUUACUCCGAACGAGUACAUGCAGAUAGUUGGAGGUCACAAUCUGAAAAUCUUCGGUCUGAUUGGAUCCGACGCCGGGAUGUUUCAGUGCAUCGGGACGAAUCCGGCUGGCAGUGUGCAGGCCGCGGCACGUCUCGAGAUUGUCGAACCAGGGCAAUUGAAACGACAUAAGAACAAAAAGUACGUUCAGAAUCAGUCGAAAAUGAAAUCUAUCCACACCGAUCCAAAACUUUCCAAAAGUGUGCUCGAUAGUUUGCUGUCGAGAGUCAACAAUAAGGCUAACGUCAAUCAGAACAAAUUCCAAUAUGACGAAUACACGGUAGACGAUGACUAUUUGGAACAGCAGGAAGAAAACGACGAAGACGAAGACGAGGAAGAAGAACGAACCUAUGCCCUGAGACCCAAUGAAGACCUAAACAAGCUGUACCAAUCGUUAACCGGCGCCCGAUCCGGUGAUGAUGAAAGCGAAAUCGGUCACUUUUCUAAUUCCAACUAUCCCAAUGCCGUCACCCGGAAAUACUCGAAAUCGCAACUAGAUGGCAGCGGGAAGUUUGCAGCGCCACUUCCGGGACCUCCGAGGGAUCUGCAGGCGCAGAUCGUCAAGCCGAGGUUCAUUACGUUGAGCUGGCUGGAACCGGCCAAGAAUCCGGACGAGGUCAUCAGCUAUUCGGUGUUCUACAAGAUGCAUACCAGCGAUAGGGAACGGAAAAUCACAACCAAGUCAAGAGAUGAACAGGAAGUCAACAUUCAAUCGCUACUACCGGGAAAGACGUAUCAGUUCCGGGUGAUCGGAAACAGCAACCACGGUUCGGGAGAAUCAUCCCAAAUUCUGGAGGUUCGAACCCAUUCGGAGGAGAACAUCGCUGGACCACCGCAAAAUCUCCGAGGUUCAGCCAUCAGCGAUAAGGAAAUUCAACUGUUCUGGGACCCACCUCUGAUAACGACUGCCGAUAUUUCGAAGUAUCGCGUAUAUUACGCAGAGAUAGACAACGGGGAUGAGAUGUAUAGUGAUACGACUUCCACUGAUAUUGUAAUUCACGAACUUCGACCGUACACCGAAUACACAAUCUACGUCGUUCCCUGGAACACGAUGGGGAUGGGCGACCCUUCACACGAAGUCGUACUGAAAACUCAUUCUUCCAUUCCAUCGGAACCGCCAUCGAAUGUCACCUUGGAAGCUACUAGUUCAACAUCGGUUACGAUUCGAUGGCAGCCACCACCGGUGGAAGAUCGCAAUGGUCAAAUUACAGGGUACAAGAUUCGGUACCGGAAGAAUAAGAAGGGUUUACAGGUGGAAACUACUCCUGCAAAUGUUAGGCAUUGGGAGCUUAAGGACCUGGAACGGUUAUCGGCGUAUCAGGUCAAAAUUGCCGCGAUGACGGUGAACGGGUCAGGUCCGUUUACCGAAUGGCAUCAUAUUGAAACCUUCGAAAACGAUCUGGACGAAUCUCAAGUUCCCGGUCAACCGGGGUGGAUCAAACCACACCCUGGAGCCGAAAGCAUAUCUGUUUCGUGGGCAUCUCCAGUUCAUCAGGAAAUUAAGGUACGGAGCUACAUCCUGGGAUGGGGUAAAGGAAUCCCGGAUGAAGAUACAACAGACGUAGAGGAACACAUUCGUACCUUUGAGCUCCGUAACUUGGAGCCGAACACAGAAUAUGUGAUAUCGCUACGAGCUAGGAACAACAUGGGCGAUGGUCCUCCAAUCUACGACACCGUUCGAACGAGGGAAGAUUCACCCAUCGAAACACCGACGCCACUUGAAGUACCUGUUGGUUUGCGGGCCAUUCCCAUGUCCGGCACUUCGAUAGUAGUCUACUGGACGGACACGACUCUAAGCAAAAGUCAACACGUUACCGACAAUCGCUAUUACGUUGUGAAAUACACCCCAACAUCGGCAACCAGAUUCAGGUACUACAAUACGACGGACCUGAAUUGCAUGAUUGGUGAUCUUCGACCGACUACGCAGUAUGAAUUUGCAGUGAAAGUUGUUAAGGGACAUCGACAGUCCGCUUGGUCAAUGUCGGUGAUAAAUUCUACCCAACAAGCAUCGCCAGUAUCCCCUCCAAGAGAUCUCACUGUUUCCUACGACGAAAGAAACCCUCUAACUGCCCUGUUGGAGUGGCAACCUCCAAAGCACAGCAACAGUCCAAUUACGGGAUACGUGGUCCUUUACACCACUGACCCGAAUAAACGGGAUCGCGACUGGAAUGCAGAAGCCGUUGUCGGAGACAAGACCACUGCCGAAAUCAUCAAUCUCGAACCCCACAAAACCUACUACUUCAAGGUUCAAACCAGAAAUUCCAAAGGCUAUGGUCAAUUCUCGGCCAUGGUAUCGCAGGUGACCGGUGCCGAUAUCGAUUCAAGCGAAGAUCUCAAGAUACCAAACACACUCUCCACCGAGCUGGUCUACAUGAUUACCGGCUUCUCAAUCCUGACAGCUGCAACAGCAAUCUCCGUGGUCAUCCUACUGUGUCGAAAGAAGCCCGAAGGAACACCGGAACACGCAAAGAAAAGCUACCAGAAGAACAACGCCGGAAUCAUCAAACCGCCGGACCUUUGGAUCCACCACGAUCAGAUGGAGCUAAAAAAUAUGGACAAAAGUCAACACAGUACCACACCGGGUUCCAUCGAUGGAGGGGCGUCUAGCAGUGGAGCCAUGACGUUACCACGAUCGGUCAACGGUCAAGAUUUCGACCAUGAAACACCAAUUUCUCACGUUACGAACUCCCUGGACAAACGGACCUACGUUCCCGGUUAUACUGGAACAACCACUCCGCUAAGCUCGACGAUGGAACGGCCUCACUAUCCCCGGACCCAGUAUAAUAUGGCCGCCCGGCCACAUAUAUCGUUGGAGCAGCAAACGCUCUCGCAACAGAGCUUGCUGCAACAACCGCCGCAGCUGCCGCCGGCCAAUUCGCUGGUUCAGACGCCCGAAAACCCUUACACCUACGAGGGGAACUACAGCAAUCCAAACGUCACCUACGCUCCAGGCAUGACGGUAGAUGCACCAAAACGAGGUCAAGGACACCCGUUGAAAAGUUUCAGUGUUCCCGCUCCACCAGCAUCAACGCCCAUCAUUAGCAGCCAAGGCAAGCAUGUACAAACCCCAUCGGUCACGAUCCGGCCCCAGAACUCAUCGCCAUACAAGAAACCAUCGCUCUCGACCAGUUCCCUCACGAAUCGGCUUCAAACUGGUCCAGCGGUGCAGCACUCGACCGACGAAAUCCAGCGGUUAGCUCCAUCAACUUCCACAGAAGAGCUUAAUCAGGAGAUGGCCAAUCUGGAGGGCCUGAUGAAGGAUCUGAGUGCAAUCACCGCGAAUGAGUUCGAGUGCUAAUAGCCUGUGAGUGAGUGAGUGUGAGAAAGGAUGAAUGUGACCGCGCAACAUGAGUGACCAGUGACAGGCUCGCUUUGGGGAAGAUUGACUAGAAUCUUCAUCCGGCCAAAAGUGAUGCAUUGAUUAGUCAUUAUUAAUUUAACGUGUAAGCUUGUAUGUAAGUCUCGUUUUUUUUUCGUAUCGAUCCACGUUCUGUGUUUGUUGUACCGAAUAAGCCUGCGAGCAUUAUACGAGAAGAGUAGUAUUAACUGUGCGUGUAAACUGCGGCGAAUAUCUCUUCUAGCAAAUAUAAGUCAGUCGAAUUGAUCCGACACUAACAAAUGUCACUCAGCAAAGAGUGUGACAUCUCUAAGCGUUUAGAGUAUCGUAUUUAUUUACUUAUUUUAAAUAUUCCUAGAUACCCAUAAAAAUAGAAUCAUCGCGUACUGAUGAAAUAUUAAAAAUGAACGGAAAAACUUUGCCAACCACAUGGUUCGAAAAGCCAACGAAAGUUUUCCGAUUCUAGACAAAACUUAAGUUAUUUAAACUAACUGAAAAAGUGGUACUGUAAAUAGCGAAAAAAAAGGAAACUAACCUCCAACUUUGGCAAGGCUCUAGAACUUUUCUGCAAAAUGAUAUUCGUAAAAAAAUCCGUUGGUUUUGCAAUCCAACUGUUAUUUUCGACAGGACUAAUAACUUGUUUUCGCAAUAAGAUAAAGGACUUCGUUUGGACUUUUAGUUGUAAGAUCGAAAUUCAUUCCCAGUGAUUUUAUGUUAGUCUUAAUUUAUAGCAGAGAGCGAAAAUCUAAACAGGAUUUGAACAUUGCAUUUAUUUUAAAAAUAAAAUAGAACAGGAGUAAGUAACUUUCGACAAAAAAAAACAACGACGGAAAAGAGUACCGAAUAUAAGCGAAAAACACACGAAAACAAUGCAAAUCAAAAUCAGAUAACCCCAGGGAACAACCGAAUACGAUGAAAAAUAGAAAACGAUAGACGAAUGAGGAUGCUAGAAUUAGUAGAAACCCCAUUAACACAUGAUGUCGUGUCAUAACCCCUUGAACUGCCAGUAAAUGCUAACUCGUUUAGAUUAAAUAAUCUCUUUUCCUUGUGAAUCGCGUUUAGUUUUUUUGUUUUACGGUCAACUUAAUCAAAAAUCAUGUUACGCACAAUUUGCGCCAGAGGGUGUCAGAUUUUUCCAAAAAUUGUACCAAAGGUCUGUCUAGGCGUUUUAAACGAAGACCUUUUGCUUUUGUGUUUAUAAAUAUUCAAAUUUGAAAAACAAAAUGUAUCAUUAAGAGAACAAGAUUUUUCAAUGGUUUUAAUGUUUAUCAGAUAACAUCGUAGUCACGAAAAAAUCGAAAAAAAACACUGGUAUUGUAUCAGCUUUCUGAUGGAAUCUUCAAAAUACUAGAAUACUUAAAUAAAAAAUUGCAAAAAAAUAGAUUGAACAUAUAAAAAUAACACUUUUGUAAUCGUCUGAAACUUGAAAAAAAAUUGAUAAAAAAAAUUAAAUUGGCCGUUCACUCUUUCAAAAGUUAUGGAGAACAUUGUGUUACAAACGAUGCCCCCUCCAUAAAAAUAAAUUUCCAAAUUUCCACACGUCAACAUGCAUUUUACAACUAUUAUAAAUAACAACUUUUUCAAACUUUCUCCUCGAAUCUUAGAGAAAAAAAGAUUAUUAAAUUUUCAAUUAUUUUGAAGAUACAUUAAAAACUGUAAAAAAUUCAAAGGUUUGGAAAAUUACGAUUUUUAACAAAAAAUCUUGUAAAAAUUGAUUGUCUCGAAAUUUGCGAAUCUUAAUCGGCAAAAUAGCUCCUUUUAUAAAACGCCUUAACGACUAUUUCGUCAUCGGUGAAAUUUUGGGGUAAAUCGGAAACCCUUCGGCGCAAAUCUGUAAGGUAGUAAAAAAAACCCUCACAACUCACCUAAAGUUAAUUUUUGCUAAAUACAAAGUACAAUUCCCGAAAAAUAAUUUAAGACAAAUCCGGUUUUAAAAUAGUUUCAAUAAACCGUUAAUAUUAACGAAUUAUCAUUUCUCACGUGAGCUAUCAUUAUGUCGUAUGAAACAUCCUAAUAAUUCACAGAAAAGUGCUGCAAAAGUUAUCAAAACAACUUUAAAAUUUGUAUUUUAGAAUAUGCUUUCUAGGCUACAAAUAUUCUAAAUGGAAAGAAUUUGCGACUAGUUUAUGUCAGUUUUUGUAUUUUUCCAUAAUUAAAAUCUAUGUUUACAUUUUGUUUCAUACGAAGUAAUGAAACCUCACACGAGAUUGGUGGUUUUCAAGGUAAACUGUCUAAAUUUCGAAUUCGGUCGACAUUCAAUUUAAUUACUCAGUUCAUGAAACUUCUUUUUUAAUUCAUAUUCAUGUUGAUAGCUAUCUCGAUAUAAAGUACACACUUUUAUACUCUCAAAUCAGUAGCUUUUAUACUGAUCGAAUCCUCAAAAUAGAACAUGACAAAAAUAGUUCACACUCAUACACUUAAACCGAAAUCAGUCUGAUUCCAUUCCAAACAAUCAAUAGAAAAAACCAUACAUCAACUACACAGGGAACACAAAAAAACAUAUUCAGUCAAAUUUUGCUUCGAUACAAAUGACACAAAACUCGUUCUUUCGAAUAGCUCACCGAAUCAAAAAAAAAACAACCACGAAAGAUAACUGUCCAUGUGUAAAUAAAAUAUUUUACUCUCAGAGAAUACGAAUCGGUAAAGUUUCGUGUUGAAACGAAAUGCCUAUCUCACUUUUUUUAUAACGAAUCAUAGAAAAUUUCUGUCACCUCAACAUAAAUUGCACAUCCAACUAUUUUCAACCGAAAUUUGGUUUUCGUUUCUGGAGUUGUCUCAUAAUCAAAUAUGUAUACACUACACGGUCUAGCAAACAACAACGGCACAAAAGUCUCGAAAGUUAAAAAUAAACUAAAUCGGUACUAAAACGGAUAGUUAAAAUUUAUGGUUUCCUCAAAAGUAUAUACCUAUAGAACUUUACAAUGAAAGCGAUUCGUAAACCGAAAUUGGACUUACUAGAUAUUUGUAUGUAUAAUAGAUGAAUCGAAUUUUGAACUCUUUAACCUCAAGCAUACCUUCCUAGCUACCUAGCUUUUGUAAAUAUUGCAACGCAAAAAUCCAUCACAAUUUCCCUUCGAAUCUGAUAAUCAAAUCUAACGACGAAGAAAUCCGCUGAAAAAUCCUCCUUUAACACUGUUGUUUUAUCAUACUUCCAUCGAAAAGAAAGGGAAACUACAAAAAAAAACACACACCCACUGCACCAAAUCCAAGUAAAAUUUUCGAUGUGUUUUGCUUUCGUCGGUAAAAAGUGUGAAUGUGGAUGAUACUGAGGAGUAAAAAAGGAAUCAACAAACAAACAUGCAGCUGCAGCUCGUUUUUUAUAACAUAUUAUUGUAUUUGUAAAUGGUCAAACGUAUGAAAUAAAAACAGGAUAUUAACUCAAAAGUGAAAACACAUAAAAAAGUGAACAAAUUUUCCCCGAAAAAACUGAAUAACGCAGGGGAAAACUAUUCUGGAAAAAGGAAAAUUCUUAACAACUAGGAAAAAUAUAUUGAAAAUAAAAUUAAA